CAACCCUGGUAAUAUCAGCGUGCUUCCGUUUCAUGGUCUGCUCUUUCUUUUUGAUUCCGUCAGCCGACUGAGAAGUUUUGUGGCUUAAACGUUCAAUAUGGUUGCCGUAAAGAAACAGAAAAAGGCUUUGGAGAGCACCAAUGCUCGUCUGGCGCUGGUGAUGAAAUCCGGCAAAUACUGCCUGGGUUACAAGCAGACUCUGAAGACCCUGCGUCAAGGCAAGGCCAAACUGGUGCUCAUUGCCAGCAACACGCCAGCCCUGAGGAAAUCCGAGAUUGAGUACUACGCCAUGUUGGCCAAAACUGAGGUCCAGCACUACAGUGGCACCAACAUUGAGUUGGGCACCGCUUGCGGCAAGUACUUCCGUGUGUGCACGAUGUCCAUUACCGAUCCUGGAGAUUCGGACAUCAUUCGUUCUCUGCCCGACAAUUAAAUGAGUACAUUUUUUUUUUUGAAAACUGCAAACAAUUUUUAAAUAAAAAAAAGCUCUGUAUAAUUGUA